CGGAGCGCCCGGGAGCACAGUCGCUGCGUGCCGAGAGAAUGGCUGGCUUUCAGAGCAAGAGCCUGGCUCUGGCCUCCCUGCUGGGGCUCCUGGUGCUGUCGCUGUGCGCUCCCUCCCAAGCGCAAAGCAACCAAGAUUGCUGCCUCUCUUACAGCAAAGGCCGCCUGCCUCGGUGGGCCAUAAAGGGCUACACCGAACAGCUCUCCAGUGAGGUCUGCGAUAUCAGUGCAAUCAUUUUCCACACCCACAGUGGCCUGAAUGCCUGUGUAAAUCCUAAGGAAGCAUGGGUGAAGAAACAUCUUCUUUGGCUGAGCCAUAAGCUCAAGAGGAUGUCGAUGUGAUGUGGUUUCCAGCAGGGAACUAAACACAGACGUGGCUGAAGAACCACUAGGUUCAACCUCUUGGUUGAGAUCCUCAUCUUGUACACUGUUGUGUGCUUACGAACUACUGCCUCAGGCUUCUUUGGAACCGUUGAACU